AUGUUAAAACCAUCAAUAAAUUUUAUUAAACUUGGAAAUAAAUUUAAUUAUUGCAAUAAAAAUAUAAUUUAUAGAUCAUAUUGUUCAUCAACUUCAACAACAGUAAAUGGAUCAAUAAAUAAUAAUAACAAGGAUUUCCAUUUAUGCAUUAUUGGUAGUGGUCCUGCAGGUUUAUAUACUGCAGCCAAAGUUCAUAAACAAAUUCCACACGCAAAUAUUACAAUAUUAGAAAAAUUACCAUAUCCAUUUGGUUUAGUUAGAUCUGGUAUUUCCCCAGACCACCAAAAUGAAAAAAAAGUUAAAAAUACACUAGAAAAAGUUUUUUUAGAGCAUCCAAAUUUAAUUCAAUUUAUUGGGAAUGUUGAUAUUGAAAAAGAUAUUAAAUUUCAAUAUGUUAAAGAUAGUUUUCAUGCAGUUGUAUUGGCAUGUGGCAUUGAAGGUGAUAAAAAAUUAGGAAUACCAGGUGAAUCAAGUUUAAAGAAUGUUUACUUUGCAAGAGAAUUUUUAGGUUGGUUAAAUGGUAACCUUAAAGAUCAACACAAAGAAUUUGAUUUAUCAAGUGAAAAUGUUGCUAUUGUAGGUCAAGGUAAUGUAGCAUUGGAUGUUGCAAGAUUAUUAUUAAAAAAGAAUUCUGAAGAAUUAAAAAAGACAGAUAUAACAUCAAAUUCAUUUGAUAAAAUUAAUAAAUCUAAAGUUAAAAAUAUUCAUAUUAUUGGUAGAAGAGGACCAUUAGAAGUUUCAUUUACCAAUAAAGAAAUUAGAGAAAUUUUAACAUUACCAAAUGUCAACACAUUUAUUAAUGAUAAAAGUAUACUCGAUAGUAUUACAGAGGAACAGGUUUCAAAAUUAGAAAGAGCUAAAAAAAGAACAUACGAUUUAUUUAAGCAACAUUUAAAGGAGUAUAAUCAAGAAACAGCGUCAAAUGGCAAUAUGAAUUUAAUAUUCCACUUUUUAAGAUCACCAGCAGAGAUGUUUGGAGAUGUCAAUAACAAUGAAAAAAUUGGAUCUAUCAAAUUAGAAAAGAAUAAACUCAUAAUGGAUGGUACCAAAGCAGUUGGAUUGGGUGAAUAUGAAACAUUAGAAUGUGGAUCAAUCUUUAGAUCGAUAGGAUACACAGGAACCAAGCAAUUCCCAAGCGUACCAUUUGAUUUCAACACUGUUUCAAUUCCAAACAAGUUUGGUAAAGUUUUAGAAGCGCCUCAAUCAGAUACAUUUAUUCAAGGCUUAUAUGUUAGUGGAUGGAUUAAAGGUGGACCAUCAGGUAGUAUCCCGAAUAUUUCAGCAAACAGCGAAGAAACAGCCUCAACAAUUCACUACGACUAUGAAAACAAUUUAAUUCCCUUAUCAGACACUGCCAAAGGUUACGACUCUGUUGUUUCUUAUUUACAACCAAAUCAUAAAAUCAUAAAUUACGAAAAUUGGAAAAAAAUAGAAUCUGAAGAACUCAAAAGAGGUAAAGAAAAAGUGGAUCUAUUAUAUUCAAAGAUCGAGCCUUUACUGAACGAAUUAACUCCAUUGGAAGGGGAUAUGAAAGAAAUAAUAAUAAAUUGGUGUAAUAAAAUAGGGUAUCCGGUAUUUUGUGAUAAUAUUUACAUCAUCAAUACAUCUGGGCCAAUGGAUGAUGUGGAUAUCUAUUGCUGUGGUUUAGAUAAGAAAAGUUUGGUAAUUUGUGGUAAUCUGCUAUCAAGCUGUACAACUGACGAAGUAUUGGCUGUAUUGGUGCAAUCGUUGGCUCAUUAUAAACUAAAGCACAAUCUAAAAUUUAUCGGUAUUACCACAAUUCAAAGACUAAUUUCAUUUUAUUUAUUAAGAACGGUAUUAUUAUCAAACCAAGUCUAUGUCGACAUGGGUUUCAAUCGCUUUAAUAUCGGUGAUUCUCCGGUGGCAUCUUAUAACAGUAUUUAUGUUGGUACAUUAAUAUUCUCCUAUUUUUAUAGCCCCUUAAACUUUUUAUUCAAGUUACUAUCAAGUGCAAUCAAACUAAGAUUCGAAAACGAAGCAGAUUUAUACUCGUUAAAGUGUGGCUUUGAUAUGUCAAAAGCUUUAAAAAAUAUCAUUAGGUUAGAAAAAGUGAAUCCAAUUUAUGAUUAUUAUUUUUCUUUAAUGAUAUUUAAUAAACAUACAUAUCAAAAUUUCUUUUUAAGAUUAAAUUAUAUAGAAAAAAUAAAAUUAAAAUUUAAAUAA